AUGUACAGAUACAGGAAAUUAGUGCCUCUGCUGCUGCUCCUCGUGAGUGCUGCCUCCGCGGGACAGAUACGGGAUGCUGCCGAGGAGGUGGAUGUCCCGCCUGCCCAUCGGGCUGCCCCGCCGCCACAGACUGCUGCUGCUGCUGCACCGCCACCGGGCCCCCCGGGACCGCCAGGACCCCCAGGACCCCCAGGUGUGGGUGUGCCGCCGCCCAGCUAUCCCUUGUUCUACCAAGCUGCGUGGCUGCCAUUCGGACGCUACAGCGGCUCUAUACCCCUCGUGGCAGCACCACUUGUGGCACUCACUGGUGCCCCAACACCAUGA